UACGGCCAAUUUAGUAUUUAUUUUACUGACAUUUUUUUUUAUUUUUUAUUUUAUUUUAUUAUCCUUUUAAAUUUAAAUUUAAUACUAUUAUUUUAAAAUUAUAAUGCUUUAACCAAUUCAAAGACAUUUCUUGUUUAAACAAUGGACUCGUCUAGUGGACAGAGUAAUCAGGAGACUGACACGUCCCUGUACAAUGAAGAGGAUAGUUUAGACCCUAGAAUUCAACUGGAACUUGAAAAAUUGAAUUCAUCCACAGACAAUAUAAAUAAACUUGAAAUUGAAUUAGAUGAAGCAAAUACAACAUUCAGAAUGUUGAUGGCUGAAGCUUCUAGGAGAUUAAAGGUACGAGCUCGCAAACUAGGUUCAUGUAUUGAUAAAGCUCGGCCAUUUUAUGAAGCACUUAAUAUGUCUAAACAUGCUCAGCAACAAUGUCAAAUUGCAGCUGUAAAGUACCAACGAGCUAACGAAAUUCAUCAAGCCGCUAAAGAAACUGUAGCAUUAGCUGAAGCACGGUUUCUUAGUAAACAACAUGAAUGGAAAUUUGAUAGUGCGUGGCAAGAAAUGUUAAAUAACGCUAUUUUAAAGGUAACAGAAGCAGAAAAUCAAAAGACUGAAAGUGGUCGUGAGCAUCAAAGAAAAGCUGCUCUCUACCAAGCUGCAGAACAAAAGGUUCAAAUGUUGGAGCAAAAGUUUAAACGUAGCAUUAUAAAGUCUCGUCCAUAUUUUGAAGAAAAAUAUUUAUGUGAAGGUCAAUUAGCAGCACAAAAAGAUACUAUUAUUCAAAUCCGAUAUGCUGUGCAACGGGCUAAACAAGAAUAUUCGGCUUGUUUGCACAGACUUGAACAGAUCUCUGAAGAAAUUCAUGUGCAAAGACAAAACAAUAAACUUAUGGAAUGUUCAUUACAAGGUCCACGAGAACCUGGUGUUGGUGCAGAAGUUUCUUCUAUGGUCAACAGCUGGCAAGAGCUAGAUAACAAAAAGGAUGCCAAUGGCAUGGAAGAUAUAAAUUUAGAUUGGAAUUUGGAUAAAUGUGAUUCAAGAAGCUUGGGUAGUCUAUCCAUGGAUACUAGUUCUAUUUUGAGUGAUGCAGAUGACUUAGAUUUUGAUGAUGAUAGCCAAGUAACGAUGGAACUUGAACAACUCCGUCAAAAAGUACGUGAUCUCGCUACUAAACCUUUAAUGAUGGAAAGUAAAAGAACUGAAGAGGUUGAAGGCGUAGAAGAUCGUAAAGGUUGGGAGAGUGAGUUAAAUGCUACUGUUGAUAAAUUAGAUAGAAUGAUGUUAAAACAGGAGUGUGAAAAAUCACAACAACAAUCACCUGUUUAGUAAAUUAUUGGUAUAAAUCAAAAUUUGUUAGGCUUUCAAUUAAUUGGUCUAGGGAGAAAAUGUUUAUCUAAAAUAUAUUGAGAUAAGAAAUCAAAUUGUAUAUGUUAGCCUUGUCUCAAUGAGUGUUAUGUUUUCUUGUUCUUAUUGUUAAAGUUGAUUUAUCUAUUAAUAUUAAUUUCACACUUAUUUUCCAUUUGGAAACUGUAAAUCAAGGUAGCUAGAAUCGAGCACAAUACCAUUUACCCUAUUGUAACUAAUUUAAGAUUAUAGGCAACUUAAUGUUAUUUGGCUAUAUGAUUCAAUGUGGAUGUAUAUUUGUUUAUUGUAAAGCAAUAAUGUUUUAAGUAACUUAGUUGAUUGUAAUUAUUUACCAUGUUGCAAACUAAUUAAUAUCAUUAAUAAUUAGGUAGGUACUAAAAAACAACUUCAUUUGAUAGCAGUGGUUUAUUUAAAAUGUUGUUCCAUUACAGAUAUUGUUACCCAAAUGACAACAAAAUUAAAAUAUGUUUUUUUUUUUUUAGUUUAUUUUAUUGUAUAAUUUCCUAA